AUGGGGAACGCAAAGAGCGGUGCUAUGUCCAAGGAGAUUCUGGAGGAUCUGAAGAUGAACACGAAGUACUCGGAAAAUGAGCUGUCGCAAUGGUACGAGAACUUCCAGAAGCAGUGCCCCAGCGGACGCAUCACUCCGGAGGAGUUCGAGAAGAUCUACGAGCGCUUCUUCCCGGACAGCGAUGCCUCAACCUACGCCAAGCACGUCUUCCGUUCCUUCGACGCAAACGAUGACGGCACCUUGGACUUCAAGGAGUACAUCAUCGCCUUGCACCUGACCUCCACCGGGAAGACGGAAAGGAAACUGGAGUGGGCGUUCUCGCUGUUUGACGUCGACAAGAACGGUUACAUUACUAAAUCAGAGGUGGCGGAGAUCUGUCAAGCCAUUUUUAAGUUGAUUCCUAAGGAGGAGCAGGAGAAGCUUCCGGCAGACGAGAACACCCCGGAGAAAAGGGCCGAUAAACUGUGGUCCCAUUUCAAUAAGAAAGACAACGAACGGCUGGCGGAGGGCGAGUUUGUCAAGGGAAUAUUGGAUAACGACAGUGCAUUGCACCUCAUCCAGUACGAACCCCAGAAAUAG